GUGCCAAGGGCUGUCAUGGUGGACUUGGAGCCCACUGUGGUAGAUGAAGUUCGGGCUGGCGCCUUCCGGGAGCUUUUUCACCCAGAACAGCUGAUCACUGGAAAGGAGGAUGCAGCCAAUAAUUAUGCCCGUGGCCACUACACCAUUGGCAAGGAAAGCAUUGACAUGGUGCUGGACCGUGUCCGUAAGCUGACCGAUGCCUGCUCUGGUCUGCAAGGAUUCCUGAUCUUCCACAGCUUUGGUGGCGGUACGGGCUCUGGAUUCACCUCCCUGCUGAUGGAACGCCUCUCUGUGGAUUACGGCAAGAAGUCCAAACUGGAGUUCGCCAUCUACCCAGCCCCUCAGGUCUCCACUGCCGUGGUGGAGCCCUACAACUCCAUCCUGACCACGCACACCACGCUGGAGCACUCGGACUGCGCCUUCAUGGUGGACAACGAGGCCAUCUACGACAUCUGCCGCCGCAACCUGGCCAUCGAGCGCCCCACCUACACCAACCUCAACCGCCUCAUCAGCCAGAUCGUGUCCUCCAUCACGGCCUCGCUGCGCUUCGACGGCGCCCUCAACGUGGACCUGACCGAGUUCCAGACCAACCUGGUGCCCUACCCGCGCAUCCACUUCCCGCUGGUGACCUACGCGCCCAUCAUCUCCUGCGAGCGCGCGCACCACGAGCAGCUCUCCGUGGCCGAGAUCACCAACGCCUGCUUCGAGCCCAACAACCAGAUGGUCAAGUGUGACCCCAGGCACGGCAAGUACAUGGCCUGCUGCAUGCUCUACCGCGGGGACGUGGUGCCCAAGGACGUCAACGUGGCCAUUGCUGCCAUCAAGACCAAGAGAAGCAUCCAGUUUGUCGACUGGUGCCCAACAGGCUUCAAGGUUGGGAUCAACUACCAGCCCCCUACGGUUGUCCCUGGAGGGGACCUGGCGCAGGUGCAGCGGGCUGUGUGCAUGCUGAGCAACACCACGGCCAUCGCCGAGGCCUGGGCGCGGCUGGACCACAAGUUCGACCUGAUGUACGCCAAGAGAGCCUUCGUGCACUGGUACGUGGGAGAAGGCAUGGAGGAGGGAGAGUUUGCAGAGGCCAGGGAGGACCUGGCUGCUCUGGAGAAGGACUAUGAAGAAGUGGGAACUGACUCGUUCGAAGAAGAGAAUGAUGGGGAGUAA